AUGUCCUCCCUAUUGGCCAUUCCAAAUGAGCUUCGGAAACUGGUGCUCCCAAAAGUCGAGAUGUCUUUAUUGUUGACGUUACUGAAAGUGAAUCGCUCUUUGCGGCAUUGGGUAUUACGAAACGGUCCACUUGGACAAAAACUCGAUAAAAUUUACAUUUAUCUUUCUUCAAAGACUCGGCAUUCACAAAUUGCUUGGGUUCGCUGUGAUUUCGCGCACUUUCGAUGGAAUUUGAGAGAACUAUUGAAGUAUCAUCACCUCUUGGAAAACAUUAUUUAUUGUGCUGAAUUGGACGUCUAUGAAGAGAAAGAGGAAUCUGAGAAGAAAACUUACAACAUCAAGAGCAUUCUCGAGAUUUUCCCCAAACUAAAAGGCACUGGUUUCUUGGAGUUGAAUCAAGUGAGGGUGGGGCCGGUGCGAAGGGAUUUUCCCGAAAGAAUUCGAUGUGCUUGCAAAGACUACACUCCGAAUAAAAGUAGGAGAUUUGAUAGA